UCGGCACGGGCAGCCAGUCAAGCGCGGGGCCCCAAGACGUCGCGAUAUCCCCCAGGUCCUCGGGGACAGUUUUCCGUUUCUUUUCCCCCCGCGAACGACAUGGAAAUUCGCGCCGAUCGCCGUUGUUAUUGUUAUGGACCGUUCUAGGAACAAGACGAGGCGUGACGUGAAAGGGAAAAAGCUGCCGAAGGUACCGAUCGAGACCUACAGGUGGGAGGACGUGAGACGCGCGAGGCGAAGGGGCGGCUACCCGUGGACGCACCUCUACAAGGGCGUCGUCGCCGACGACUUCCCCGACCCCGAGCCCUUCACCAUGGACGCAUUCAGACGCACCAGGUCGACGUCGACGAUGGGCCGAUCGGACGGCGUCGACAUCCACGAGGUCUCCGCCGAUGAGGCCGCCGAGUCCCCCGCCCACUCGGAGAAGGUGACCGAGCCGGAGGACCGGCCCGCCCGUCGAGCUCGAGACGGUUCCCUGGAGAUCGAAGAACUCGGGUCGGCGGCGAGCUCCGACGACGUCAGCCAGUACCUGGACCGCGAAGAAAGGACGGCCGAUCCGCCCCAGGACGAGGACAGAGUCCAAAGGGCCAAGUCAGAAGAGGGCGGCAAGCGAAAACGCAAGCUGUCCGCCGAAAGCAGCUACAGCAGGAUUAGUUUGUCGAAACUGGCCGUGAUGAAGCGGCUCCGACAGGCCAGGGAGAAGAUCAAGCUGCCCCAGGUCAAACUCACGAAGAAGAGGAAUAAGCCGGACGUGACGAAAGAGAAAAAACCGAGCCUGCCGCCUCCGGAACGCGAGGAAGGGCAGCCGGAGUAUAUUUACAUCCCGCUGAAGCCGCCCCCGGGCGAAGAGGCGGGCGACAAAGCGAAACCUCCGCUGAAGAUAAACCCAGCUUUUAAACAGCUCCUGAAGGACCUCAAGCAGCUGAAGCAGAGGGAGGAGCGGGCGCAGCGCGAAACCAAGUUCCAGGUGGACAGGGUGACGGAGGAGGAGCACAUGCUCCGGGCGGCGAAAAACGACCGAAAUAACGAAGGAAACGCGAGCGAAGUAGCAAACGAAGACAUCGAGAGGGAACAACCACCCGAAGAAAGUGAGGAAGCAAAACCAUCCGAAGAAUUCAAGGAGGAAAAACGACCUGAAGAAAGUGAGGAAGCAAAACCGUCCGAAGAAGUCGAGAAAAUCAAACCUCCCGAAGAAGGUGAGGAAGUAAAACCAUCUGAAGAAGUCGAGGAAGUAAAACCACCUGAAGAAAGUAAGGAAGCAAAACCAUUAGAAGAAAUACAGGAGGUAAAACCAACUGAAAAAGGUGAGGAAGCAAAACCAUCCGAAAAACUCGAGGAGGUAAAACCACCUGAGGAAGCCGUGGACUUGAAACCGCCGGAAGAGGUGGAGGAGAUAAAACCACCUGGGGAACCGAUGGAAGAAGAGAGAGAGGAGUCUAUGGAAGAGGAAGGCGCCAGUAAUGACGCAUUCGACCGCCUCUUCGAGGCCAACAGGAGCGAGGCGCCGAGACAAACGCGGUCCAAGUCCGAGGAGCCCGGGGAGAAGAAACGCCGGAACUCCAUAGAGAGCGCGCACAGCAGGAAGAGCCUCUCGAAGCUGGGCAUCGUGAAGAGGUUGCGCGAAGCGUCGGAAAAGAUUAAAAAGUCUUUCUCGACGUCGACCCUGAAGAAGACGUCGAAAAAAGAAGAGAAGGUCGUAAAGAGCGUAAAACGCGAGCCUCCCAAACCCGCGGCGGACCCGGUGUACAUCCGCAUACCGCUCAAGCCUCCCGAAGGCGAAACGGACGAGUUUUCGCACCUGGAGUUCGAGCGGCCGCCGGAGACGACGCCCUCGGACGCGCCCCAGGAGACGGCGGAGAGCUCGCCGAGCAGCCCGCCCGGCACCGAGAUGCAGUUCAUUUUUCUGACGCCGCCAUCCGACGACGAAGGCCUCGACGACAAGAUCUCGGAGAUACCCGAGACGCCGUCGUCGGACGAUAUCAAGUUCUUCGGCACGCUGAAGAAGCUCGCGCAGAACGCGGUCGACGAGAUCGCGCACGGCUCUAAACUCGAGACCGUCGCCGAGGAGAGCGACCGGGGCUCGAGCAACGACGUCGUCGCCAAGGUGGAGGAGGUGCCCGUGGUCGACGUCGAGGACGGCCUCAACGAGUUAAAGUCGAGUCUGAAGUCGGACGCGUCGCCGGCGCUCAAGAAGAAGGUGUCGUUCAAGAGGAAGUCGAGGGCCAACAAGGAUGACGGCGAGUACGAGGAAGUCCGGGUUCCCGACUCGAGCCAAUCGAUGUCCGUCGACGAAGAAAAGUCGUACCUCGAUCAGAAACUUGUCAAGGACACCUCGCUGGAGGAGGACUACACCAAGUGGUCAAAGCAAAGCGACCACGAGUAUGAGCCGGUGAACCCACCCGUCGAGGCGACGUCGCCCGGCGCCGUCCUGCCGACGGUGAAGAUAAUCGAUACCGAGAUCGACGCGAGGGUAGUGUUCAGCGUGGACACCGUCGUCGAGCCCGCUGCCGACGAGAAGCGCACCCCGCUGUUUCAUUUCCACAGCGACGAGCACGUGGACGAGGGCACCGAGGAGGCGCCGCCGGCGCAGCCUCCCGCACCCGGCAAGUUCCAGCUGGCGCUGCGGCAGAAGACGGAGCAGCUGAAACGCAAGACCGGUCAGCUGCGCGCGAAAAUCCAAAACGUCAAGCGGCCUGAGAUCCGGAAGAUCGAGAGGCCGAGGAUGCCCAAGAUCCCCGACACCGUGAAGAUUAACCUGCCGUUCAAGUUGCCGCGCCCGAGGAGUCGCGUGCCCACGAGGCAGCUGUCCACCGAGUCCAACGCGGGUGACUCGGUGAAGCGGUUCAGCUUCGGCACCUUCCCCAAGUUCUUGAGGAGGAAAAAAGAGGAGAAGGGGUCGGAUUUCGCCACGUUACCGAAACGAAAGGAGAGCCGCGAUGACUCGUGGAGUGCCGGGGGCGGCAGCGUGAGGGUCCCGCUCCAUUCGGAAGACUCGCUCGACCCGGAGGAACUCGAAGAAGAUGUCGGCGCCAAGUCGUCUCGAGUGAGAUACGAGCCCGAUAUCGACAUCGACGACGACUACCGGCGCGAAAACAAAGAAAUCAACAUGGCAGAGCACCUGAACAGGUGGCAACACGGGAGGUUCAAGGCCGAGGAGCCCGUCACCGACCUGGACAACCUGGAGGACGAGGCCAAGCAGGCAAAAGACGGCUACUCGUCGGAGGGGUCGGCGAGCGUCCAUCGCGGAUGCUACGUAGGCAAAAUCGACGUCGACUCGGACGAGUUCUUCGUGGUACACGAGGUCCACGAGGGCAUGAGGACCCCGGCCAACGCCCUCGCCCAGAUGAACGAAUACGAUCCCGUCAUACCCGACCAAGCCAAGAAGAAGCCGGUGAAGAAACCCAAAAGGAAGAAAACGCCGCACGUCUCCCGCGAAGAGAUACCCGGCGAGUCUAUGGAGGAACUCCCCGGAUUGCCGCCCUCCAGACCCAGGAGACGCAGCAAGAAAAAGGCCAACGCGAAACCGACGGCAGAAGAAGUCGUUGUUCCCUACCAGGAGACGAUAGCGCUGGACGUAGAUUCCCCGAGUAACCCCAGGUUGGCUUUUCCGAGGGAGAGUCUGGGCAUCCUGGGGGACGACGAAGCCGACUACGACUUAGCGUACGAGAACGAGCGGAUGCAAGGGAGAGAACAGCCGGACAUUACGAUCGGCGAGUACCGAUACCUAGAGGAGGAAACGUCCCAGCCGGAGGCACCCCCCAGGAGGCAGAAGAGCCUGAAAAGUUUGACCGCGUCCGAGGACGAGUUUAUCGCGGAGACCAUGAGGAGAUACGGAGACGAAUCUUUGAAGGACUUGGAAGAGUCUCUUCCGCGUCGACCCGAGAGGCGCUCCAGGUCGCUGGCGAGCAGCGCGUCGCGUAUCUCGCUGCCGCCUUCCUCGAGGGACGAGGGCAGCAUCCUCGGGGAGGCGUGCGUCGAGGAGCCGUGCGUGCAGGACUUUAGGGACUACAUGGGUUAUGCGGUGGUCGACAAACAAGGGAGGCGGCUGGAACAGCCGUUGCCGCCUCCCAGGUCGCCCACCAGGAGGAGGAAGAGACACGCGGAAGGGAAGUUCGCGACUGUGCCGAGGAACGUCGGCAACGCGCAGCCUCCAGUUAGACCUUUGAGGAACUACAGUACCCUUGUGCAGGUAAAGUCCUCUCGGAAGGAGGAAGACUUAUACCAGAACGAAAACAAGGAGAACGUGGACGUCGGGCCCUACGUAGAGAUCGACGACGACAGGCACCUGCAGUCGGGCCAGGUGCUGCGGAAGAUGAGGGAGAGGCCGCUGCCCGCGCCGCCGAGGCCGCCGAGGAAGCCGAGGAGUUUCCGAAACACCUUGAAGGACAUUACCUCCAAAGAGAACGUGGUGCCGGAGGAGGAGUCGGUGUCGACCCAGACGGACCCGCUGCCCGACGACUUUGUGUGCGAGGAAGUGCCCAUCCAGCAGUCCGACCGGAUAGUCGAACCCACCCUUCAGGUGAAAAAGGAGUUGAUAACACCCAGUCGGUAUUCGUACGAAGAGACCGUCACCCACGGCACCCUCCUCGUGGAACCCCUUGACGGGGCCAAGAUAUUACCAGAUUCCCAGCUCUCGGGCAAAGUGCGCGUGGUGCCCGUCACCAGAGCCGAGUCCGACGACGACGAGGUGUCGGAAGUGCCCGCCGAGUUUAAAACCUUCAAGGAUCCCGUCGGAGAAGUCCCCCAGGUGCCGUCGAAAACGCUCCAGGUGUCAGACUUGGACGUAGAGCGGCUGAGGGUGAGCGAGCUUCAAGCGGGCAAGAUCGUGGUGUCGGAAAUCGAAGCCGAGACCGUGAGGACCGGCGAACUCCACCGCCCGGCGUCUCCCGGCUUCGUCAGUUUGGAGGAGAUGGGUCUGUCCCCCGAGCUGGUCAAGGAAAUCGUCAAGGGUUUGAUGAAGCUCGAGCGACAGAGCGAGGAAGAAAAAAAAACUCCGAUUAACCCGCGCCCGGAGGGUUCUCCCCUCUCUCCCGCCGAUCUCAGAGAAGUACCUAUCGAGCAUUUAGAAAGGGAGGAGGCGCCGGCGCCGCCCCCCAGGUCGCACCGCGACGAGGAGGAACCGAGGAGACCGCCCAGGUUGAGCACCAGGACAAGCUCCAAGGAGUCGUCAAUGAUAGAGCCCGACGUCGACGACGAGCCGCCUCCGAGACCCCCAGAACCUUUGGAGGGGCGGUACUUGCCGUCGCAGCCGCCCGCGAGCUUUUACGCGCUGCGCGCCCAGAAAUUCGUAGCCGACCUGGCCGACAACAUUCCGAUGGUACCCAGGAGGAAGCGGCACCACCACCUGAGAGCCAGGCCCGUUUCCAGGUCGAGGUCGACUUCGGAAGAGUCUUCGUCGUCUCCGCGGAGCAGGAGAGCCCCUCCGACUCAGUCGAUAGGCGAGCUGACGGGGCAGCUGGCGCACGCUUGUAGCGCCUGCGUCAACAGCUCGAUCAAAAGACUGAUCGUUCACGUCAAGAAGAACGUGCUGAGCAACGCCGAUGGCCAGCAGGACCUGCACGUCUGCAUGGUCAUCCUGCUGGUACUGAUCGCCGGCCUCAUCCUGCUGGGCUACGGCGACGACAAGACGGUGGUCCACAUGCACCACUGGGAGUACUUCAACCCCCCGCGCGAUUUGUGACGUAAUUUUUCAAACUUAAACUUAUCGGUAGGUGCUUUUCUGAUUGGUCGGUGUGGACGUUUGUUUAAAUAAAAACGGGUUUG